CUGAAACUCAUUAGACUGAGAACAGAUUUAGAAUCAAGAUUUGCCAAGAGUGGAAGGAUAACGGAACUCAGGGACGAGAUUGCCGAAGCACUUCAGCGAGAGAGAAUUACUCGGGACGCUCAACAAUGCCGAGACAAAUGGGAGAAGCUCACAGCAGGAUACAAGGAAGUUCGAGAUGGUGUUAAGGAUAGGGAAGACAAUCCAUUCUAUGAUGAACUUCAUCCGUUGCUCUUAGGGAAGUCUUUGAAGCGGGAGCAAGAAAGGGAUAAGGAUACUUUUGGAAGCGGCAAAGAAGAUGUUGGGCGAGACUACUCAGAAGAGUUGAGUCGAGAGCUGGUAGUGGAUGGUUUUACCAGAGAGAUUGAUAAAGACGGUCUGUGUAGGAAUGGAGCCAGAGGAAGAAAAACGUUCAAAGACAACGAUGACGACGGAGACGAGGCGGAGGCCAGAACUCUGUCAAGAAAGAAGAAAGGGUCCUGAAGAGAAAGAGGGUAAGUGGCGAGCUGAAAAACGAGCUCAACGGGGCAUUAUCAACAAUGCGAUGAUAGUUCUCGCUCAGAAACUAGUUGGCGAUCGCGUUAGUGCGGUCGUAUCUGGUGUUGCUGGGCCAUUGGUAGUAGAGAGUUUGGAGGGUCCUCAAGGUCCAAAGAGAAGGUCCAAGAACUGGAAAAGAGUUGAGGUCCUUCAGCUUAUCAAGUUACGGGGGGAAAUGGACAGUCAAAUUGUAAAGUCUACAAGAAGAGCCGCACUCUGGGAAGAGCUUGCGGAGCUGCUGGCCGCGCAAGGUAUCAAAAAGAACGGCAAACAAUGUCAAGAGAAGUGGGACAAGCUAAUGGCCGAGUACAACGACGUUGCCGAUGGUAAACGGGACCAGGGUGAGAGUCCUUACGUUACUGAGUUGACUGCAAUCAUAGGGCGGCCGGCGGAGGCUGCUUAA